UCAACCUGCAACCUAAUAUUUGUGAAAUUACGCUGUUCAUAUUUAUGCGCAGAAUGAUUUGACUCAAAUCCUUAAUAUUUAUGCGCAGCUUGCCUCCAUCCUUGUUUAUAGGAGAUGAAUCCAUGGCUGUCGACAGUCUGCAACAAGCUCCUAUACCGUCUGAACCAAACUCGAACCUUCAUAGACGCUAAGGUGAAAUGGGUUCGUGAUGAUCAUCUCGACAAUGUAGUUCAAAGAGAGAAAAAUCUGCAACAAGUUCUCUCCUUCAUCAAUCAAAUCUUCUCUUCUCCUUCCAAAUCUCUACCUCUCUCCUCCCUCUCCCUUCUCAAACCUCACUUCAAUCUUCCCACCUCUACCUCCCGAUUUCUGCAAACUUACCCCUCCAUUUUCUCCCAAUUUCAACCCACUCCCUCUCUCCCUCUCCACGUCAAGCUCACCCCCAUGGCUGUAUCUAUCCACAAAGAAGAACAAGCCAUUCACAGCCUCACUCUUCACAGAAACGACGCCGUCAAAAGACUCGCCAAGUUCUUGAUGCUCACCAGAGCUACCAAACUGCCUCUGCAUAUUGUGGAUAGAUUCAGAUUUGAUCGUCUCUCUCAUCAUUACGUAACUCGCCUUCUCUCCGAUUAUCCCGAUUAUUUUCAGGUUUGUGAGGUUAGAGAUUGUUUGAGCGGAAAAAUCACGCUUGGGUUAGAAAUUAUUUCGUGGAAGGACGAUUUUGCAGUGUCUGAAAUGGAAAACAGAGGCGCAAAAGGUUUGCCCAUAAGGUUUUCGAUGAAUUUACCAAAAGGGUUCGAGUUGGAGAAGAAGGUGAGGUGUUGGGUUGAGCAGUGGCAAGAUUUGCCGUACAUUUCGCCUUACGAGAAUGCAUUUCAUCUGGGGCCUGUUAGUGAUCAGGCAGAAAAAUGGAGUGUUGCAGUGCUUCAUGAGUUGCUUUGGCUGUUGGUGUCAAAGAAGACGGAGAAACAGAACUUGGUUCGCUUGGGAGAGUAUUUAGGGUUUGGGAAAAGAUUUGAAAAGAUUCUGAAGCAUCAUCCAGGGAUUUUUUAUAUUUCGAAUAAGAUUAGAACUCAGACUGUUGUGCUUAGAGAGGCUUAUAGGAAGGAUUUCUUGUUGGAGAAGCAUCCGGUGAUGGGCAUGCGCCAUAGGUAUAUUCAUCUAAUGAAUAAGGUACAGAAGAAAAGAAAGUUUAUCCGUGGAUCCUCUCUGUCUGCAGAUAAAAUGGAGAGGAGGGAAGAAGAAGAGCAAUAAAAUGAUAAACUGAUUCACAGUUUGAAGGAGCUCUUUUCAGAGGUUGGUGACUUAAAACGCUAUGCAGUUCAUUAUGAUCGGAGUGGAAGGUCAAAAUUAUUUCAUUUCUGAUCCUUGUGUAGCAGAGGGGUCUAAGAUUCUGAUCGGAUGGAUGAUCAUGGAAAGCAUCAGCUCUAUUUCUGCAUCCACAUUUAACCUCCAAUAAUUCACUUCUCCUGCGCUCCUAGUAUUGCCAUCAGGCAAUAGAAUUGAAGGGAUUGGACAAACUAGAAAAAUAAUAAUGAAACAAGAGAAAGAUUUAACAUUGCAAGUAAAAGAAGUCUCGAGUCUCCAAAAUUAGAAGUCAUGGAUUCUAUUGACUGUUUUCCUUCACUAAAAGCCUAGCAUGCGGCAUGUUCGUAAAAGUAGAUGUACAAAGGUUGAAAGUUAUCAGAGACACCAAGUUCUACAGCAGAUGAUAAGCUGACGACCCCUCCUGGUCUAAUAGACUAAGUAACAGUUUGUAAAACAAAAAAAUGGGUAACAGUACUCUAUCACUUAAUAAAUUUUCUCAGAGUAAACCAUCUGCAAAAAGAAAUGUAGUUAAUUGAAUAUGCCAAAUAAAAUAAAAAAUAUUUUAUUGAGUGAUAGGAUACUGUUACGCAUUUUUUUGCUUUGCAAACUGUUACUUGAUUCAUUGGUAGAUCACUAAACAUAUUCCACUAUGCAUUGUAACUGAGAUUGAGGUAGAGGUAAUGGAAUUGGACAGUCUCGUGUUAGUGGCCACGGGACCAGGAGGGGUUGCAGGUUAGAGGUCAUGGUGAGAAAAUUCCGGUCGAAAAUCUUGAUGCUGAUUUAGAUAAAUAUCACAAAGAAGCAAUGGAAACAAACUGAAGAAAUCUUUAUUCAGCUUAUCAUCUGCUGCAGAACUUGGUGUCUCUGAUAACUUUCAUCCUUUGUACAUGUACUUUUAUGAACAUACUGCAUGCUAGGGCUUUAGUGAAGGAAAACCAAUCAAUAGAUUCCAUGACUUUUCUAAUUUUGCAGACUUAAAACUUCUUUUGCUUGCAAUGUUAAAUCUUUCUCUAGUUUCAUUGUUAUUUUUCUAGUUUGUCCAACCCCUUCAAUUAUAUUGCCUGGUGGCAAUACUAGGAGGGCAGGAGAAGUGAAUUAGUUGGAGGUUAAAUGUGGAUGCAUAAAUAGAGCCGAUGCUUUCCAUGAUUAUCCAUCAGAUCAGAAUCUUAGAUUCCUUCACUACACAAGGAUCAGAAAUGAAAUAAUUUUGGAUUUCUAUAGAAAGCUGGGAAGAGAUGAGAAUUUAAUGCGGAACACAUGGUAUUUGGCCAGAACAUCAUUCUUUGUGCUUAUUUCGCAACCGAAACCCCCGUGUUAUUUGGCCAGAAAAUCAUAUCCAGCAGGAGCCAAUAACUUGCGUCAAGUAACUACUAAAAAUAGCUUGGUGUGAUCCAAUUAAAAAAAGUAUAUAUGGCUGGUCGAGUUUGGAAGGGUAACUCUGAAUCCAUUUUGACCCGCUCUUUUUUUUU